AUGGCGAGGGUUUCGGGCGCCUCCACACUGGCGUGGCUCCGGCAGCUCUUCUCCGACGCCCACUGCGCCCCCACACGCAGCUCCGUCUCCAAGAUGUUUCUCCGCAACCAGGUGGCCAUGGGGAGGGGUCGACCUUGCCUUGCUGCAGCUCGGGACGCACCACCAUGGACCGUCCUCCUUUCUGUCUUUCAAGUGAGUUCGCCCCCUCCUCUCUCUGCUCUUGUCGCCGUAGCCUCGCUGUACCUUGCCGGUCCGGCCGCCGCCACGGGGAAGACCGGCCAGCUCACCGUCUUCUGGGGCCGGAACAAGGACGAGGGCUCUCUCAGGGAAGCCUGCGACGCCGGCCUCUUCACGGCGGUAAUCAUGUCCUUCCUCAACGUCUACAGCCACGGCAAGUACCGCCUCGACCUCUCCGACCACCCGCUCGCCAGCAUCGGGGGCGACAUCAGGCACUGCCAGUCCGUGGGCGUCACCGUCUCCCUCUCCAUCGGCGGCUUCGGCGGCGACUACACGCUCCCGACCAACCGGUCCGAGCUCGACCUCGCCGACCACCUCUGGUUCUCCUAUCUCGGCGGUAGGCGCAGGGGCGUGCGCCGCCCGUUCGGCCGCGCACGGCUCAACGGUGUGGACCUCUUCCUGGAGCGCGGCGGGCCGGCGGAGCACUAUGACGCGCUGGCGAGGGAGCUGGCCAGGCGCAAGGCCCGCGGGGGAAAGGCGCCGCGGCUGACGGCGACGCCGCGCAACGCGUUCCCGGACAGGCUCGCGGCGCAGGCGCUCCCGACGGGGGUCUUCGAGCGCAUCCACGUGAGGUUCUACGACUCGUGCCGAGCCGUGGAGCCGGCGUGCGCGGGGUGCAGGCGCAAGGUGGGGGCGGAGCAAGGCCGAUGGCGAGCUCGAGGCGAGGCGGAGCCGGCCCGGCGCAGUCCGGGCAGCUGA